AUGCCGUCAUUUCUUUCAUUUCCAAGUGGAGCUCUUCCGCAUCUCUUCGUUUCCAGCCAUCUCUCCGAACCACCGCCGCUAACCAGCAAGCAGUCCGGCCACCCUGAAGAAGACAUGCAACCGACCCCGGGGUUCAGUGUGGCCCAUAGCUUGCACCCGGCGACUCAGAGGGAGGUCGACUGUGGCAACAUCAUUGUAGAUCCGCGGGCCUACGGAACCAUUCCCGCUAACUCACUAGCUACCAAGUGCCCACUCUGCAAACAAACACUAGUGACAAAGGACCACCAACUCUCGUUCCGGAAAAACCACGCAUUGAAGGGGUUUGCAAUCAGCUCUCCCGAUUCGGUAGCCAAAGGUCAGAGAAAGCGCCAGCCCCUCUGUCUGGAGUGUGUGAAGCGGCAUCUCGGUCCUGUAACCCAGUGUGCUAACAAGCUCACAAUCAGCGUAGCAAGGACCAACCGAGACUCGGUGGUUUCCACUGAAGUCUGGUUCCAGCGCAAAACGCUCGGGGAGGCAUGGAGCCAACUAAAAGAUUUGUCGGGAGAAGAGAUUGGCGAUAUGCGAGAGGGGGCAGAGGAGGGUCGGCUUGCAUUCAGUGGAAACCGCAGCAGUACCGCUGCACAGGCAGCAGUGAACAGGGGGCGGAAAGUGGGGGAAACUGCAAGGUCCAACGCGCAAGUGAAGGGACAACUUCACACAGAGAACGGCGAAGCGUCCGCCGCGAAGGGUGGUCGGACCAUCGUCGACCAAGCCAUGAUGUAUCUCGAUGGCCUCCGAUCAGGAGAGUGUGCUAUGUACAGCGUUGGCGAGCUUGGAUCCGCUAGUACCGUCUAUCUGGCUAGCACUUGGAAUCACAACGCAGCGGGGCUUAAACCCCUCGGGCGUCCUAGCAAAGUGCACGCGUUGCUUGAGACGGUGAACUGGGACACUAUGGGAAAUGUGAGCUGCACCUGCGAUUGCGGCCGACGGUACACGCAGGCGCCCUGCGUGCACAAGCUUGCGCUACAGGCAUUGGAGUCGCCGAGGCUUGCGAGCGCCAUAUCGUUGCAGAGGGGGCCAAAGGUGGUAGAAAUACCAUGCGAUAGGAUCGGGGAGCGGGUUUUUGGGGUGUACUGGAAUGCUGGUUCGCCCUCACCUCAAAGGACGAUGGUUCAUCAUGGAGAGGGGGCGCAGAUGGGCUGGUAUUGCGAGGGAAGGAAGAGCGGAUGCAGCAAGACGGCUGAUUGCUCGCACAUUCAAGGGGUGAAGCGAGCUAUGAGUCGACCGAGCGGCGUGGACAAACUGAGCAAGAGUUCGUUCUCAGAGGGGCAGCUCGAGCUCGCAAAAACGGCUUUGAAGGCCGGGCUGGUAGAUAGCCGAGCAGGGAGUGUCACGGCCCACAGCCGGCCGGGGACCGCAGACUCCGACGUGGACGGAUACAUCGCGGAGCUGGUCGUUGGCAGUCACGAGAGGGCCGCAUGCGAAGGGUCGAGCUGCUUCUGCAAGCAGCAUCCGAGGGUGUUUGGCGGCGCUGGAAUAGACGUGGAGCCCUGCGCAGCGAGGUGCUGCACGUCUGCACAAACGAACGGGAAGCGAGCUCGAUCCGAGCAAGGGGAAAGCUCCGGUGUCGUUGAGAGGGCGAACGCGAGAUCGGGCAAACGGAGAAGCAAGACGUUCUGGGCGGCGAAAGGCACAGAGCCGGAGGAGCCGAACGCUGCAACGGGUACCACGGGGGAGGCUGUGUCGGAUGCAGCUGAGGAUUUGGGGCGGGGACCGAAAAGUGCCCUCCAGGUCGAGGAUCGAGACGCGUUGUCAAUUCCGGUGUGUAAUGUCUGCGUGUGCCCCUCGAACGUUUGCACGCAUGGUGCCUCGCGCGGUGCUGCGACGGUGUUGCCCAUGGAAGCUGAGGGCGUGCAGCUGGAGGUGCCCAAGCUCGUUCGCCCGACGGACUCCUGGCAGGUCCACGACCCCGAGGUGUCGUUGUUGCGAAGGCCCAUUCGAGUGAGCGAGCUCACGGCCCGAGAUUUCGAGGAGCUGAGCAUUGCGGGGAGUCUCUCCGCCCCGUGCCCUCGAGCGCCACCUCCUUGCCGGACCAGGUGGUUGGGGCUGUGGCAGAGUGCCCACGUAUACGACUUGUAUUGGUCGCAAGAGGUCAAGCUCCGAAUCUAUUGCUGCGCGUGCCCCGAGAAGCAUACCGUUCAUUACAAUGGAGAGGCGCUCAGACUGUACGCAUGGACGCGACGGGUGGUCGUCACACAAGCGGCCUGUCAAAUGCUGCUACGAACCGUUCAGAAGUCAGGAGCUGCUUUCAGCUCGCUCGUUGCAGCUGGGAAUGCCGUGCGGCGCCAAUACAACCCCGAUGCGACAUUCUUGUCGGAGGAGUGUUGGCGUAAGGCGAGCCUUGACUUCUUCAAGCUGUGCGGGCGGCAGAUCAUGGAGUGCUGUAGCCUCUGCGGACCACAUCCUCAGGUACUCUUAUGCGACGGUAUCGCGGGGCUUGCUUGCGCUGACGGCACGCGUCAGAAGGGUGGGCUUGCUGGAACAGAUGCCGCAUUGCUUCGGCCAUUCACGGCGCCUAGUAGAGACUCCAAUGGAUUCAACGUCCGAAAAGUCAUGGAGUCCGGAAGCAACUAUCUGGCGGUGUCUCUUGCGGGAGGGGGCCUGAAAAGGCGUCUCCUGCAUCAACCUGAGGUCCGGACGCUUGUAGCGCGGUUCAGCGGGCACCAUGCUGUUGAUCCCGAGCUGGGAAAGACGCCCAGUGCCCAAGAGUACGAGGAGCUCCUGGUCGCGCUUGACAGAGACGACGUGCAAGUGGUCACGAACUUUGUCCAAGAUCCGGAUGAUGUCGAUGCCGAUCCCGUUCUCUUGCACUGGCGCCGGUGGGUUGCCGGUGACCAGGUCGGCCAGAUCCGAUCGAAGAACAAGGCGAUGUGCGAGCUGCUGGAGGGCAUCGAGAGAGAAGCAAUGCAAGACGAGCAUCGAUGGCCUCCCCGCUGCCCCCACAGAUGGGCGGAAUUACUCUACACUCUAGGCGCGCCGUUCUCGGUCUCGGACGACUCCAAUCUCAUCCAGCAUGGAAAGGCCCUGGGAGUGGUCCGCAAGCUUCUGCUAGGGGAAGCCGCGAAUGACGACGAUAGAGCAGUCCUGUCUGAGCAUUCCCCGAUCUUGCGCCGGCUGCUGGACCACUACGGUGAUCGCUUCCCCCCGUUUUUCCAUCCCGCCCUACAUCACCUGUACCGUUUGACGCUGUUUGCACGGGGAGCGGUGGGGCUCGGGGUUGGACGGGCAGGGUGGGCAUUGUCGGCCAUCGAAGGCCUCGAUGUCUGCGUCUGGCUGGAGCGGGAGCCAAAACCCCUGAGCGUCGAGCAGCAGCAAGCCUUCGACUUCUGGGCGGCCCGGGCGAAUGCACUUCUCCCCGGGGUCGAAAGCCUUUCCCCUCCAGCACCGCACGAAUACGCCCUUCUUCCGCCGGAACGGAUCCUGUUGAACGAGAGGCUCGGUCUCGAGGCGGACGGAUCGGAACCUGGCCCUCUUCCUCCGGACCAUCCCUACUGCCAUGAGCAGCGAGGGCUAGGCUGCUACGUUCUUCCGGGUUGGGAGCAGAAACGUCCCCUUCCGCAGUACGAACCGUUCGAAGACGACCUUGGGAGGUCUUGCGAGCGCAACGAAGAGCAUCGGUGUCGAAGCGGGCUCACCGUUGGAGAAUUCGAUGCCAAGGUCGCGUUGGAAAGCGGAAUAAAGAAGAAAAAGUGCUUACAGCGGCACACAAAGGGCGGCUUUGUCUUCACGUGCCCUCAUUGUGUCAUCUAUGGAUUCCACGUAAUGCUUCGAGGAGAGUCGCCGCGAGACGCCUUCACCGUCUUGUACACCUGA